AUGUACCCUCCACACACGGGCGGCACGCAGCAUCCGUCGCAGCAGCACCACACCUGGCACUCGCCUUCGACCAGCACCACCAACGGCGCCCCUCCGCCGCCGCCGCACUGGGCCCAUCCGUCGCAGUCGUCGCCGCAGCCCUCCAACGGUGCAUACCCGCCUCCACCGCCUCCGUCACACACGCUCCCUCCACCCACCGGUGAUCCGCGUCCCGACAUGACUUCCCUACAACAGCAGCAGCCCUACCGCCUGCCGGCGCCGCACCAGAUGUAUCCCGGCCCUCCGCCGCCGGAUCCCUACAGACAACCGCCGCCGCACAUGUACCAGCAGCACCAGCCCGCUCCGCGGCAGCGCACCGCCAUUGCCUGCCGCUACUGCAGAAGGCGCAAGAUUCGAUGCUCGGGCUUCGAGGCGUCAGAAGACGGCCGCUGCACCAACUGCGUCCGCUUCUCGCAGGAGUGCAUCUUCACACCGGUUUCCGCCCAGACUCAAGCCUUCGUGCCUGCCCACACCGUCUGGCGCGGGGCUGGCGCCCCGCCGCCGCUCUACGGGGCCUACGGACAGCCAUUGCCCCCUUCCACCCAGCAACCGCCUGACGCCGCUUACCGUCCUCCUCCCCCUCAGCCGGGCUACCCGCUGCCCAGCCCUACAGGUCCGUAUUCUGCCCCGGGUCAUGCUUACCCGCCUCCCCCGGUGGCCCCGGGCUACGAUGAUCGAAGCCGUGAUGCAGCUGGUCGGAAGCGUCCGACGACGGAGCCUCACACGCCGACUCUGCCUCCGCCAAAUCCAGCAGCAGCAUCACAGCUUCCCAAUCAUCGCGCCAGCGGUCCGCCUGAGUACACGUACCCUGACCCGACCGCUCUAACACCGGCUGCUGCCUCUCCAGCCUCCUCCAAUGCCUCUUACCCGUCUGCUCCACCCCCGCCGCAGCAGCCAUACUACGCUCCUCAGCCUCCUCGCCGAUCCAGCCCGCAGUCUACCUACUCCUACGACCCCAGCCGUGCAAGCAGCAGCCCUCACACGCAGGGGGCGCCGAGCACGCCGGGCGGGAGUGCGUACACGUACACCAGCGACACCACUCUGAGGCCUCCGGCGAACUUGCCUUUGAGGAAUGAUGGAAGGACACCCCCGCCUCCACCACCCACUUCGGCGGCGCCGGUCACUUCCACAACCGGCAGUUCAAGAGCUGGUAUGCGCAUUUCAGACAUGGUCAGUGGUGGCGAUUCGGGCGGCAGGAGCGCUGCGGAUGCCGACAUGCUCAACGCUCUCAACCGCAGAGGAAUGUGA